UCUCUUCAGGAAAUGGCCGUUCCCAAAUCUUUGCUGAAUUUUCUGACCUUUACCUUUGGAUCAGCAAUUGGAUUUUUCUUAUGCUAUAUGUUGAUCAGCCUAAUACUGGAGGAAGAGGUUAAGACUGAGCCUCGCAUCCUUUACAACGAUCCUCAUGGACGUCACUUAGAUGAUGAUGAAAGUGAUCAGCUGAAUGGACAGAUGAAUUUCAAUGCAGAUGCUGGGCAACAUAAAGAUGAAAACAAAAAUGUUGCUGAAGAACUCUAUCAGAAGGUGAAAAUCCUUUGCUGGGUAAUGACUGGUCCUCAGAAUCUGGAAAAGAAGGCCAGGCAUGUCAAAGCUACUUGGGCCCAGCAUUGCAACAAGAUGCUGUUCAUGAGUUCCGAGGAAAACAAAGACUUCCCAACAGUGGGUUUAGAAACUAAAGAAGGCAGGGACCAGUUGUACUGGAAGACCAUUAAAGCUUUCCAGUAUGUCCAUGACCAUCAUCUGGGUGAAGCAGACUGGUUCAUGAAAGCAGACGACGACACAUAUGUCGCCCUGGACAACUUGAGGUGGCUUCUUUCGAAGUACAGUCCUGAAGAAGCCAUUUAUUUUGGAAGAAGGUUUAAGCCGUAUGUGAAGCAAGGCUACAUGAGUGGAGGCGCAGGCUACGUGCUGAGCAAAGAAGCCCUGCGGAGGUUUGUGGAUGCUUUUAAAACCAACAAAUGUUCUCACAGCUCUUCCAUCGAAGACUUGGCAUUGGGCAAAUGCAUGGAGAGCAUUGGCGUAAAAGCUGGGGAUUCCCGGGACACCAGUGGCAAAGAAACAUUUCAUCCCUUUGUGCCUGAACAUCAUUUAAUCAAAGGAUACCUACCCAGAACUUUUUGGUAUUGGAAUUAUAACUACUACCCUCCUGUAGAGGGUCCUGGAUGCUGCUCUGACCUGGCAAUUUCUUUCCACUAUGUUGAUGCUGCCACUAUGUAUCAGUUGGAAUAUCUGUUUUAUCAUCUCCGGCCAUAUGGUUAUCAAUUUAGGUACAAUCCUGACUUUCCUAAGAAUUUAAAAACACAAAAUCUAAGUGACUCAGCAAAAGAUGAAACAAAAUCCAAAACUGAAGUGGAAAGUCCUCCAAAGGCCUCUAAAUUAAAAUGA